AUGACGAAGAUCUUCAUUACUGGCACCACUGGAUACGUUGGAGGAGAUGCCUUCUACGCCCUCGAAAAAGCACAUCCAGAAUAUGAAUACACAGCACUCGUCCGAGAUUCCGACAAAGGCGCGCAAGUUGCAUCCGUCUUCCCUCGUGUGCGUCUUGUCUACGGCACCUUAGACGACUCCUCACUCCUUGAAGAAGAGAGUUCCAGAGCAGAUAUUGUCAUUCAUACCGCCGAUUCAUCCGAUCAUGUGGGAGCAUCCAAAGCCAUCGCCAAGGGAAUCGCCGCCGGCCACAGUAAAGGAAAGCCCGGAUUCUGGCUGCAUCUCUCUGGCACCGGGAUUCUCUGCUGGAAAGAUAUGGAGACUGAGACUUACGGCGAAGCACCUUCGCAGCAGCCAUACGAUGAUCUUGACAGAGUCUCGGAUCUAACAUCUCUUCCUGACUCUGCAUUCCAUCGAGCGGUCGACAAGAUUGUCCUGGAUGCAUCAUCUGAUAUCGUCAAGACUGCCAUCAUAUGCCCACCAACUAUCUACGGCCCUGGUCGCGGUCCUGGAAACCAGCGAAGCAGACAGGUCUACAACCUCGUCAAGACGACCCUGGAGCAAGGCCAAGCGCCACAACUCGGCAAGGGUCUCACCGAAUGGGACAACCUGAAUGUCCACGAUCUCAGUGACCUGUUCGUUUUACUAACCGAGGCUGCGGUUGAGAAUAAACCAGAUCUGGACAGCAAACUCUGGGGCAAAGAAGGAUAUUUCCUAGCAGAGAAUGGCCAUCACGUCUGGGGAGAAGUCUCUAAAUUAGUUGGAGAAUCGGGUUUUGAGAAGGGGUAUAUCAAAGAGAAGAGCACGAAGACUAUGAGUCCGGACGAAGCGAAAGAGGUUGCUGGGUUCGAGGCAUUGUCUUGGGGCUUGAAUUCGAAGGGUUUUGCGAAGAGGGCAAGGAAGUACUUAGGUUGGAAGCCCAAGGGAAGAAGCUUGGAGGAUGAGAUUCCGUUCAUUGUUGAUUCGGAGGCGGAGCUGCUAGGGAUUAAGAAGGGACAUGCUGAGAAGGUUUCCGGGGGAACGUAG